AUGGAGACCGAGGCCGGGCCUGCGCGGCCUCACGGCGUUGCCAUGGAGACGACUCCGGGGCUGGGGCUCCGAAGUCCCGGAGCACUGCUGGCUCAGAACCCCGCGGAGCCGCUGUUCGAGGCCGGAGCCGCGGUGGCGACUGCACGCUGGGACCUGCAGAAGCACUCUUUGCUAAUUGUGAUCGGCGAUAUCGGUACAGAGAGUCAGCUGAGGGCCGUGCGGGCCCACCUUGAACAAGGGAUUCUCUCCUGGAACAUUGACCUGUCAUCCUUUGACUUGAACCAACAAUUGAGACUCUUCAUUACCCGGCAUCUAGCUCACUUCUCCUCAGAGGUCAAAGCCCCACAGAGCCAAGCAAAAGCACUAGAGCACAGAUGUCGUGAAGGCAAAGAAACAGUUAAGUCUCCAGUGCCUCGUCACCGACCAGCCCCUCUUCCCCGCCCUGGCGCCGCCCUCCUCAUCAAGCACCCCCCCACUCCCACCCCAAGUGCUGCAGACUCUUCCCUGAAGCUGCCGGCUGAGGCCGGAGCUGCCGCCUCCAUGAGAGGCUUCCUCCUACACCCCAGGGUAAGAACCGAACCAAAGGGCUUGGCAUCUGGGGAUACACUGUGA